GCAUACCAGCAAAUUAAGUUUGUUAAAAUCAUGUUUAUGGUAGAAUAAAAACUAUAUUCAAAAAAUUAAAUAGCCCGCUUUCGCUAUUCGACGACGCAAGCAACAAUGGAUGAUGCUUACGCUAGAUCUAAAGAAGACGUACAAAAGUUUUUCGAUGUGAAUGAAAACGUAGGAUUGACCGAGUCUCAGGUUCGAGAAAACAGAGCAAAAUAUGGCUUGAACGAGCUACCUUCGGAAGAUAAAAAAACGGUUUGGCAACUUUUAUUUGAGCAGUUUGAGGAUUUGUUGGUUCGCAUACUUCUCCUAGCAGCGAUAAUUUCCUUCUUACUGGCCCUUUUUGAGGACGGGGAGGAAUCUCUUACUGCCUUUGUGGAGCCAUUUGUUAUUUUAAUGAUAUUACUUGCAAAUGCCAUUGUUGGUGUUUGGCAAGAGCGAAAUGCAGAAAGUGCAAUCGAGGCGUUGAAGGAAUAUGAACCCGAAAUGGGUAAAGUGAGAAGGAAGAAUAAAGCGUCCAUUCAACGAAUUUUAGCCAAGGAUAUAGUUCCCGGCGAUAUUGUCGAGGUGGCAGUGGGCGACAAGAUCCCGGCUGAUAUCAGGUUAACAUUGAUUCGUUCCACUACACUUCGUGUUGACCAAGCAAUUUUGACCGGUGAAAGUGUAAGCGUUAUUAAACAUAUAGAUGUUGUUCCCGACCCGCGGGCAGUCAACCAGGACAAGAAAAACAUGUUGUUUUCCGGUACGAACAUCGCAUCUGGGAAAGCUGUGGGCGUGGUUGUUGGAACUGGACAAAGAACUGAGAUUGGGAAAAUUCGUAAUGAAAUGGCCAGCACAGAAAACGACAAAACGCCCUUACAACAAAAAUUAGACGAGUUCGGUAAACAACUUUCGAAAAUAAUUACUUUGAUCUGCAUAGCGGUUUGGGCAAUUAACAUCGGUCACUUCAACGAUCCGAUUCACGGGGGAUCAUGGAUCAAAGGCGCGGUGUAUUACUUCAAGAUAGCUGUGGCUCUCGCAGUCGCCGCAAUUCCCGAAGGACUCCCUGCCGUCAUCACUACUUGCCUUGCUUUGGGUACACGAAGAAUGGCAAAAAAGAAUGCCAUCGUCCGGAGUUUGCCCUCUGUUGAAACUUUGGGCUGUACCUCCGUAAUUUGUUCUGACAAAACCGGUACCUUGACGACUAACCAAAUGUCAGUUUGUCGGAUGUUUAUUCUGGAUGGAGUACAAAACGACAAUCCAUCAUUUCAUCAAUUCCAUAUUGAAGGCUCUACAUAUGAGCCAAAAGGGGAUGUUAAAAAAGACGACACAAAAGUCAAUGUCCAAGAUUUUGAGGCUUUGUCAGAGCUUGCCACUAUAUGUGCAAUGUGCAACGAUUCUUCAUUAGAUUUCAAUGAAAGUAAAGGUGUAUACGAAAAAGUUGGAGAGGCGACAGAGACUGCUCUUACAGUGCUGUGUGAAAAAAUGAAUGUGGAUGGAAUUCCUCUGGAUGGCAUUUCAAAAUGUUCACGUGCUAAUGCUUGCUGUAAUAGCAUAAAAGAAAGGUUGUCGAAAAAAUUCACGCUCGAAUUUUCAAGAGACCGAAAAUCAAUGAGUUCCUACUGCAUUCCAUGUGACGCGGUUAAUGAUUGUGAUGCCAGAAUGUACGUCAAGGGUGCACCCGAAGGUAUACUUGACCGUUGUACCCAUGUACGAGUUGGAUCUGACAAGGUUCCCAUCACAAAUAAUAUCAAAGCUGAAAUUCUAAAUCUCAUUGCGGAAUAUGGCACUGGUAGAGACACUUUGCGCUGCCUAGCGCUUGGCACUGUCGAUUCCCCGGCUCUAUCAGAAGAUAUGGAUUUAACUGACUCUAAAAAUUUUGCUAAAUAUGAAUCUAACAUCACUUUUGUGGGAGCUGUUGGAAUGUUAGAUCCCCCACGGACCGAAGUUUACCAAGCGAUUGAAGAGUGCAGAUCUGCUGGUAUUCGAGUUAUCGUCAUCACGGGAGACAACAAAGCAACAGCUAAAGCAAUUUGCAGACGUAUUGGAGUAUUCGGAGAAGAUGAAAAUACUGACGGACUUGCUUAUACGGGACGCGAAUUUGAUGAUUUAAAUCCUGACGAACAAUUUGAAGCUUGCCUUAGAGCCCGGUUGUUCGCCAGAGUCGAACCCGCACAUAAGAGCAAAAUAGUUGGGUAUUUACAACGAAACGGUGAUGUGACUGCAAUGACUGGUGACGGUGUGAACGAUGCUCCAGCUCUCAAAAAAGCCGAGAUCGGUAUUGCGAUGGGAAGCGGUACCGCUGUAGCCAAAACUGCAGCUGAAAUGGUCCUUGCAGAUGAUAAUUUUACAUCUAUUGUUGCUGCUGUUGAAGAAGGAAGGGCUAUUUAUAACAAUAUGAAGCAGUUUAUACGAUAUCUGAUCUCGUCCAACAUUGGUGAAGUUGUCUGCAUAUUUUUAGCUGCAGCUUUAGGAGUACCAGAAGCUCUUAUCCCAGUCCAACUAUUGUGGGUCAACUUGGUAACUGACGGUCUACCAGCGACCGCCCUUAGUUUCAAUCCGCCCGAUAUGAAUAUUAUGGACAAGAAACCCCGAUCUACUAAAGAUACCUUGAUCAAUGGGUGGUUGUUAUGUCGCUAUUGCGUAAUUGGAGGUUAUGUCGGUGCUGCAACAGUUGGAGCUUCAAUCUGGUGGUUGGUGUUUGCUGAAACAGGACCUCAGGUCUCAUGGUGGCAGAUUACUCACCACAUGUCGUGCUAUUCGAAUCCAGAAUUGUUUGAAGGAGUGGACUGCAAAAUAUUUGUAGAUUCUCAUCCAAUGACGAUGUCCCUCUCUGUACUUGUACUUAUUGAACUUUUCAACGCCCUGAACAGUAUAUCAGAAAAUCAAUCAAUCUUCACCAUGCCACCUUGGCAGAAUAUUUGGCUCAUGGGGUCGAUUGUCUUGUCACUGAGUUUGCACUUUUUGAUUUUACACGUCGGUCCUUUGCCCAUGGUUUUCCGAGUUUGUCCCUUGAAUUCGUACGAAUGGAUGAUGGUUCUAAAAAUGUCUUUUCCUGUGCUGAUACUAGAUGAAAUUCUUAAAUUUAUUGCUCGUAAUUAUGUUGAAGCUGGGGAAGCUACUCAAUACGGGAAAAAGAAGCAAUAACAUUGUGGGGUAAUAUUUCUAUUGAUUGGUUAAAAUCGCUGUGGAAAACAAACGGGUAGUUGUUGCAGUCGAACGUACUGUAAUUUUUUUGAUGAAUAUACCAUGAGAUGAAUAAUAACCUCGUUUGUCUUAUAUAAAACGGAGCAAAUUUUGAUGGCUGUGCAUUUUGUAUAUUCUAAUUUGGUGAGAUUGCUUGCUUUUUUACAAGUAUUAUAGAUUAUUUGAUUGUUUUAUUAGAAUUAUAAUGUCCAAACGUUGAAUUCAAUUAUAUUUAUAUUUUGAUACAACUUCCCGUUCUCACACGAUUCGUUGGUUGUUCUGCUAUGAUAAUGUCAUCCGGCUGUCAACUCUGUAUCAUUGUUUUAUACUAAUUUCAUUUAUUAUGAAUCAUGAAGGAAAUAGUAGCACAGUCUAUAACGCUAUGUGAUCGCUGCAUUUUACCGAGUAAUCAUCAUACAAAAAAAUUGUCAUCAUAUGCCCUUUUAUUAUAAGUUUGUGCAUUGUGGUAUUUAUAUCAUGUAACAAUUACCGCUACCCGAUAUAGACAUAUUUAUCGGUAGAGUUCGAGUUGUCGUCAAACAAUCCUAAUUACGUUUUUCGUCACGCAGUAAGUAGACAUAAAUAAAUAACCGUCAUAAACAGGGUUGCAUAAUAUUCGUUUUAGUCUUAAAAGUCGUCGUUCGUGUUUCAUCAACAACACGUAUUCAGAUAUUUAUGACAAAAAAUUAUUUCAUUUUUAUUUUGAUUAUACGUGUCGUUUUCACGCAUUAAAGAAUUAUUUUUGUUUCAUUCAUCGAGGUCACUCGGCGACUCAAAUGUCGGCAAGUUGUAAAUUUUAUUUGUUUUCCGAAACGGUAUUUUCAUGAUUAAAGCUUUUAUUCAAUACAAAAUUAGCGACUGCAAUAAAAAAUAAUUUUGUAAGUUAUCCGACAAAAGCGUUACAUUAAAGGUAAUGAUCUGAAUAAAAUUUCCAAAAUCUAAUUGUUAUACCAAAUCGUAACUGUAUUUUCAACGCUUGAUUUAUCCUUUUAUGAGAAAUUUAUUCGUCUGAUUUAUUUUAAUUCGGAUAACUAUCGUCGGAACAGGAUUAUAAAACUGAUCCCAUUUCGAGUUGACAGUGACUGAUUUUGGCUUUGAAUCUUUUAUGAGGUUGCUGCGUUUCAGUGACUCCAUUAGUAUCCCUCCGGAAUAUAUUUUGGUGAGAUUGAUCUUCAAUUCUCAUUUCUGAAUGUACGUGGCUACAUACAUACAUGAUAAUUUGAUACUUCGUAAACACAACAUGAUAAGGAAAUCAUAGUUUAGUAAAUGAUUAAUUAAUGUAAGAUUGUGCCCGAUAACAGAAUUUACUCCUAUUACAUUUUUAUAUUUAUUAUCGGAUACAAUCAAUAAGAUCACCAGGAUAAUAUUAUAAAUAAUUUUUAAUUCUUUUUGUACCGGUAUUGGUAAGUUCGCAGAUAUAUUAUCAAAUUAAAUUGGCAACUAGUUAUAAAAUUUAAAUUGUUUUGACAUACCUUUGACUUUUGCUUGUGCGUGCACCCCAUUCCAUGCUAUGUAUUUUUUGUGUGUGGUUUUCGUAUCUUUAUUUGCACAACGAUUUAUUGUUCGUUAUAUUUUAACUACGCCCUGUUCACAGAGCAAUUUCAUUGUUGCGGGCAUGCUCGACUUUUCGCGAAUGUAUUUGCGGGUUUACUCACAGUAGGUACGAGGUUAUUCCAAUCCGUACAUCGGUUGUUAAAUAUAUUAAAAAAUCGUUCUUCGUCAAUCACCAUCCAAGUAUGACGCGGCGUUGCAUAGCAUCAACCCUCGACAAUCAACGAGCACAAAACGACAAAAAUACUGUUCGAUAUUUAGAUAUACCGGUAAUUCUUUGCAAUAUAAUCGCAAGCUUAUUUGCUUAGGACAGUGGUUCCCAACCUUCUAUGGCUCGUGGCCCCCUUCCAGAGGCUAUUAGCAUUCAUCGCCCCCUGUCUAUCAUUCCAGUGACAUUCAUAGUGUUAUUAUGGUUGGUAAAUUCCAAAUCCCAUUGUGUUCAAAUAAUUCAUGCUCAACAAAGUGAAAACACCUGUGAAAUAACCCGAUCAAGCAAUGGAACUAGGAAGAAUGGGGAUUUUUUUUGUGAAGUCAAAAGUAAAAUCAGUUUUGCGCCUGGCAUUGUGGCCCUUUUCAAUUGCUCCGUGAGGGCCAUGGGCCCCACAGUUGGAAACCGUUGACUUAGGACAUAGUUCUUAGUCCUUUUUCAUUUCCCAGUUGUUCAGCAUUGCUCUGAUAUGCUAUGUAAAUGGGUUUGUGUUUUGGGUGUGGAUGUACUUGUAACCGUAUUGAGCAAAAUUUUACAAAAUAUCCAAUAUGCAUUUCUUUGACAAUCCUUUAUACCCGAUUUUACAAAUAAUAUUGUACAUGUGUUUUAUAGACGUCACAAGAUAAGAUAAACGCAAUGUUAUAACCUUUCUUUCUUUAGAAAAUAACAUGCAGUAAUAUUCGUAUUUCGCAAUCAUUUCAUUUUCAAAAAUCGGACACGAUGUAACUAAUUUUCACAUUAGCUUGUAUAUUACAUAUCGUAUUUUGCUUAUUUCCAUUUUAUAUAUAUAUUUUUUUCAUUAUAUAUUACCAUGCAGUUUUGCAUAUUCUCAAAUGAAGUGAGUGACCAGUAGUAUGGCUUUUUCCAUUUAUGGAAUAUACAUGCAUAAGAUGAUGAUGUGAAUGGGAAUAUAUUUUGCUUGCAUAUUACUCUACUUUUAUAUCGCUUGGUUUGCUUUUAGCUGUGACCUGAAAUUUUGCCGAUGACUAUCGAUUUUCAUGUCGCUGGAUUCAGGAAAUCUCCCCCCAAUAUAAAGACAAAUAACAGAAAUUAUAGCGUGAUGAGUAUUAAGUAAAUGACAUUUCCCCAUGGCAUUUACCUGCAAUUCCUAUUUUGCAUCGAAACUAAAAUCAAUAAAUAGUUUUUUUCUGACAGUGUGUUAUUUACUACUUCAUUCCUCCGGGUAUAUUAUAAAGACAAUAUGAGAAUCGAUUGGAAAUUCAAUUUUUACAAAUAGGAAUGGAUUGUUGUGAACAUAAAUCAUUGUUACAUUGGUAUUACAUCACAAUUGGAAUUCA